GGUGCAAGAAACAGGAACACAGAGCGCUCUACAGAAGAGAGUGUACAUUAUCGCAGAAGAUCAGCGGUCUAAACAGAACAAGUGGCAGCACUUGAGGAACAAAGUGACUACAAUAAGGAUUAUAUUCCAACUUGCAGCAGCUGGUGAAGCUCUUUGUCAUUUUGUAGGUCUGGGCGCUCUCUGACAGAUGAUGGAUUAUGCUAUGAAGUCUCUCAACCGCCUGACUCCGUCUUCUCUCUCCAAGUGUGUGACUGCCAGCGUGUCAGCCAGUGCUUCCAUGACCCAGCAGCUCCUGUCAGGUCGGGCUGCUCGGCCAAAGCCCUUCCGGGUCACAAAUGUUGACCGUAGCAUGAAGAAGGGUAUUAUGGCAGAUGUGCUGGAAGACCUGAUUAACAAGGUCAGAGACUCGUUGGAUGUCUCGUGUGUCAGUGCUCUAGUGCUGGAUGAAGAUGGGACCUGCGUGGACACAGAGGAGUUCUUCCAGACACUGCCCGAAAACGCGGUCCUCAUGGUCCUGGAGAAAGGACAGAAGUGGACCCUGCACCCGAACAGCCCCCCCAGAGAUCAGCUCGGUCAGCGCAGGCUGCACCACCGUAAAGAUGUGGCCAAGGUGACUUUUGACCUCUAUAAGAACAACCCCAAAGAUUUCAUUGGCUGCCUGAACGUGAAAGCAACCCUGUAUGGUGCUUAUUCUGUGUCCUACGACCUGCGCUGUUACGCUGCCAAAAGUAUGCUGAAGGAGUUUCUGCGAUGGACCAUCUUCUCCAUGCAGGCUACAGGCCACAUCCUGCUGGGCUCCUCCUGCUACAUCGAGCAGAUGCUGGAAGAGGAGGAGCGAGCAGAGUGCGGGAUGGCAUUGUCACAUGAAAAAAGCAAGAUCAAGCAGCUGCAGACCAUGUUGCUCGGCAAGCCCUCCUACUGAUGAUGGACUCGAACUGACGAUGGUGUAGCGCUCACUCUUAGAUUUAGGACACUAAGUCGAUGUCACAGAUGAAACAAGUGAUCACAAGCUCAUCAGUGUUUUCUGUGCAGUUUGGGGACAUGUCACUCUUCUCACAGCUACUGUCUUACUGUUACAUUUUUGCCCCUCAUAUACAAACACCAAGCUAUUCCUCAUGAAGCACUUUUACUGUACCUGUCUUGUAAUGUUUUCCUAUGGAGAUGAAUAAAUAAAACUAACACUUUUUUA